UGUGGAUUUGCGCCUUCAAGAUGCCUUAUUUGACCAAGCCUCUGAUUUUACUUCUAUGUCUGGUCGUUACCGGUGAAUGCCGUAAGCACGGCCACCGGGUACGGAGAUGGACUGGUACCGUGGAGACCCAAAAGCAUGGCACCUCUAUGGCAAAGAAGCCUCCGGAUGUGACCAAGUCUCGCAAAAUGAAGACAGAGCACCUGCUCAAAGUAGAUGAUCAUGACUUCACCAUGAGGCCGGCGUUUGGAGGUCCUGCCAUUCCUGUCGGAGUGGACGUUCAGGUGGAGAGCUUGGACAGCAUCUCUGAAGUUGAUAUGGACUUCACCAUGACCCUGUACCUGAGGCACUACUGGAAAGACGAGCGUCUGUCGUUCACCAGCAGCACCAACAAGAGCAUGACGUUCGAUGGUCGUCUGGUGAAGAAGAUCUGGGUCCCUGAUGUCUUCUUUGUCCAUUCCAAGAGGUCCUUCAUCCAUGACACCACUACUGACAACAUCAUGCUGCGUGUCUUCCCCGACGGACACGUCCUCUACAGUCUGAGAGUGACAGUGACGGCAGCCUGUAACAUGGACUUCAGCCGAUUUCCUCUGGAUUCUCAGACCUGCUCACUGGAGCUGGAGAGCUAUGCCUACACGGAUGAAGACCUGAUGCUGUACUGGAAGAGCGGCGAUGAGUCCCUCAGCACCGAUGAUCGCAUCUCCUUAUCGCAGUUCCUCAUCCAGAAGUUCCACACCACAUCUCGCUUGGCCUUCUACAGCAGCACAGGCUGGUACAAUCGCCUCUACAUUAACUUCACGUUGCGACGCCACAUCUUCUUCUUCUUGCUGCAGACGUACUUUCCUGCCACGCUCAUGGUGAUGCUUUCAUGGGUGUCUUUCUGGAUCGACCGCCGGGCUGUGCCGGCCAGAGUUUCCCUGGGCAUCACCACCGUGCUGACCAUGUCCACCAUCAUCACUGGUGUCAAUGCGUCCAUGCCCCGGGUGUCCUACAUCAAGGCCGUGGACAUUUACCUCUGGGUCAGCUUUGUCUUUGUCUUCUUGUCUGUGUUGGAGUACGCCGCCGUCAACUACCUGUCCACCGUCCAGGACCGCCGAGAGCGCAAGAUGAGAGAGAGGGCACGAUCACAGUCACUGCCCUGCACCUGUGGCAUCUCCCAGACACGAACCAUGACCAUGUUAGACGGUACCUACAGCGAGGCGGACACCAACAGCCUGGCUGGCUACACUGAGGAGCCCAUGGUCCCAGAGGAAGAACAGGAAGAGAUGCACGAGGUUCCAGAGAAACCUGAACACAUGGUGGUCCACCUGUCAGUGAGCAGCGAGUCCACCACCACCAAGAAGAAGAAGAGCUUGCGCGCCCUCAACAUCAUCCAGAACACACACGCCAUUGACAAAUACUCCCGGAUGAUUUUCCCUGGUUCGUACAUCUUCUUCAACCUUAUCUACUGGUCCGUCUACUGCUGA